AUGACAUCCACAACUAUCGCAACCGUUGCACCGUCAGCGCCAACGCUGGUGGCGCCCACAGCAUCGUGUCGGACAUCCGUGCCUGUGGUUACUAUACGCAGUGUUGAGCUGCCCAGUACCGGUGACAGUGUCGGCGUUACAAGCGGUGGUCGCUUGCUGCGGCGGAAGGAGUUGCUAGCCGAAACCAAUCGUACCAGAUCGCUGAAAACGUUGUCCUGUGAUUUGAGUGAGAUAUUGGUGAAAAAUCUAAGCUUGAGACGGAGCGAAACAUCCGAACGGCGGUCGCACGCUGCCGACACGCUCGAGGAACUAUCAGUAACGUCAUCGGAUUCGGUGCAGCACCCACAGUGCAGUAUCGCAGCAGCAGGAAGUGGUACCACUGACUGUGUUGGUUGUAGUGGUGGGUCCAGCAGUGGCUAUGAUAGUGGUGCCAACCGUACUCAAGGUACGUUGUGCGAUACGUUCACAUCGGUAAACAAGUUCAUUCGGUUGAAACGCGUUUCGAGCGAUGGUAACAAUCUAAGCCGGCUGUCAUCGACGGUAGUCACGGCGAACGGGGCCGGCGGUACGAACUACACCAAAAUCCACGAACCUACACCGGGCAAACUGCCGCCCAGUUCGUUUAAACGGGUCGAAAUAAGUGUCUGUGAAUCGGUGUCCGAAAGUGAUAAAGAACAACUACGCCCGCCGGGAAGCGAAGUGCACAAAAGCGUCAUAGUGAACCAGCUCGAUCAGGUGGACGAAAACUGUCCGCUGCUUGUUGUGGACGAGAAUGGUCGUGCCCCGACUAUAGCGCUUCAGAAGAAGAAAGCGACGCUAGUCUUUACGCGAAAGAAAGUUCCGGAAGAUUCUGCGACUCCGGUCACCUGCCGAAGGGUGAGCGAGCGUGAUUUAACAACGUGCGAAAGUGGUGCCUCGAAGGUGCUUCUGCGUCGUCGUGUGCGAUUGAGUGGUGAUUGGUUGGGCAAAGGUGUAGAAAACGGUGAGAAGCGAGAAUUGAAGAGGCGUAGCCUCCAGUGGCCUAUCGGCUUAUCGGCUAGUGGUAAUAGUGAUAGUAGAACGUCACACUUCUCCGACGCCCUUGCUGACGGUGAACAUCGUCGAGGUGGCGCAGAUACGUCGAGCAAGUUUCGCCACUCCUGGAACGCACCGGGAUACGACAUACUUGAGGAAGAUACCGGCGUGGAAGGAAAGGGUGAAGAUUUGGGAAAGGAUUUUGCCUCAAUCAUCCACAACCUGGCUGGGCUAAGGAAUCACCACCUUGCGAAUGGGACACAUGAGUCCGUGUCCCUGCUGGAGCAGCACUCGCCUCAGAUUGUGCCGUCGCGCGCAACACGUCCUACCUCACUCGGGGGCUCCGGUCAGGGGCUCCGGCGGGGUCCAUCGAGCUGGAUCCAAUCAUCCCCGAUGGUGCCCACGAGUGGGGUAGCCACGGGCGGGGGAGUCGGGGGUGGUGUUGGUGGUGGUGGUGGGAAUGGGAAUGGAGGAGAAAGCAGUCCACACACCGGAGCACUAAGUGGUCCGGUACCUCGCAAGCGGCGCUUCGAAGCAUUUCUCAAGAAUCUUGUCGGCCGGCGACCUUCGAAAGAACCUCCACCAGCAGCUCCACCACCACCACCUCCACCGCUGCUCAGUUCGCCCGAGAUCAAAAUUAGCAAAAGCCCAUCCGAGCACAAUCUGGCCGAAAUCACGCGCAGCCGGCUCAACAUCUCGACCACCUCGCUGUCAUCGGUGCAUCAGAAGCUGUGGUCGGUGGUGCCACUGCUGAAGCGAGACGUUAGCUGCACUAGUCUAGCGUCCCCGAAAACGACGCCCCUACUGCUGGACAGUCAGUGUGCGUCUUCGGGCGAGUGUGCCGGCGGUCCGGGACUGCUUACGCUCGGUGGAAUGAAAGCUGGUGCCGGAGUGUCGGGGGGUUUGCGCAAAUGCGAAACCGUGCUGGCACUUACCAAUGCCACCUCCCAAACGUUGGAACCGAUACGGCCGCUUAACCGGCUGCGUAACUGCGCCUCGGUCGCCACCUGUUCCCGCUGUUCUAGUCUACUUUCGCUGGCUGCGGCCGGUUCGCGCUACUCGCUUAAUGCCUCAAAUGGUGCGUUCGUACCCGUGUCCGGUUCGCAGGAUGGUAACGAACCGAUCGAGCCGCCCAAAACGACGUCGACGAAAAAGGGUUCGCUCGAUGGUAGUUCGAAGCGGAAGUACGUGGGCAACUUGCUGCGGCUAACGACCACCAGCUGCUCCUCAUCCAGUUCGUCCUCUGCCGCAUCUUCGCCCAGCUCGUCGUCUACGCCCUCGUCCUCCUCGUCCGGUGCAUCAUCGCCGAGUCCAAACUCGGCAACCGGCAGUCCAGCGGGUGCGUCCGUCUCGUCCAAAACCGUUAUGUUUGCCCCUAGUCCCACGCAGCUGGUACCGGUAUCGCCAAUCAGCAGUGCCGCAACGACAAACACAACGACAAAGGCCUUAACGCCUACGAUUAAGUUCACCUGCAAACUGUGCCUUGGAGAGUUCAGUGCCGAGAACCUGACACGUAUCACGCAGUGUGCUUGCUCGUUCUGCACCGAGUGCAUGACGGCCUACAUAGAGUUUGAAAUUUCCGAAGGUGCGUACGAAGUGUCCUGUCCUGAUGCGAUGUGUCCCGCGCAGGGCAUCAUCACGAUCGCAGAAAUAACGGCACUAGCGUCAUCGUCCCUGGUGGAAAAGCACCACCGAUAUCGACUGAAUAGAGAGGUAGAACUAGACCGAUUCCGCACCUGGUGCCCGAAAGCGGGAUGUGAAACGAUUUGUCUCGUCGGUGCGACGGAACAGCAGGCCGGCCAGGCAGGAGGUAUCAAUCAAACCGGCUCAUCGGUCUGUCCCGAUCGAAUCGUGCCACUGUCACCAUCGUCCUCCAGCAUGCCAUCACCCUGCGCCGUACACUGUCCAACGUGUCGGGAGGACUUCUGUUCGGGAUGUAAGAAGGCGUGGCAUCCGACGAUGUCGUGCGAGGAGAACUCGCGCCGCCUUGCGGUGGACGGCCAAACGGACGCGCUCGGUAUCCCGUUCGACAAUGAUCUCAUCAAAUGCUGCCCCAUGUGCACCGUCCCGAUCGAGAAGGACGAGGGCUGCGCGCAGAUGAUGUGCAAACGGUGCAAACACGUCUUCUGCUGGUACUGUCUCGCUAGUCUGGACGACGACUUUCUUCUACGACACUACGACAAAGGACCGUGCAAGAAUAAGCUGGGCCAUUCGCGAGCAUCGGUCGUCUGGCACCGGGCGCAGGUGAUUGGGAUAUUUGCCGGCUUCGGGAUACUGUUGCUGGUGGCUUCACCGCUACUAUUGCUGGCCGCUCCCUGUAUCGUUUGCUGCAAGUGCCGGAUCUGCAGCGGUGCAGCUAAGCUGGAGGAAACGGAGGUGGAUUAUGAUGAUGCAGCUGUCGCACUGCACAGUAGCAGCGGGUUACAGCGAUAA